CUGGGCAAUAAACGCCCUCUGUUUUCCUCCUGGUCAACAAGUUAAUGGAUAAACCUCUACCUGCUGAGCCAGCCUGCGGCCCGGAAGUUACGCACAGCCGGAGAGAAGUCUUUCAGAAACAGGCGCUAUAGUUUUUGGCUAAGAAAGCCCAAACUAGUAUCAAGGCGAGGCUCACUUGAAGUCUCCCCCUCGAGCUCGAACCGUCUCCUCUGACCGUGGAGAGCGGCGAUGGACCGAUACAGGUACUUCAUGUUCAACCGGAAGUGCGUGCUCGGCCUCGGUAUCCUCCAGCUGGCUUCUGCGGGUCUUUGUGUGGUGUGUGGGUUCAUAGACGCUGUUUUCCGCAACGAUACCCUGCUGAGUACCACCAGGACACCGGUGUGGGGAGGACUGGUCAUGGCCUCUCCAGGUGUACUGGCGCUGUUUGCCUCUCAACGGAAAAACUCCAGACUGGUGAGUGUGAUGGUGGGAGCAGCUGGACUCUCCUGUGUGGCUGCAGUGUUCAUAUUAGGUUACUCCUGCCUGACACUCACCUACGGGGAGGAGGACAAAGAGGUCUUCCACCACCACGACAGUCCUCAAGUGACGUUGGUGCUUCAUCGGAUGGUGAAGGGGGCCAACGCCACCAUACUGUUGAGCUGCACCAUCUGCCUGGCUCUCUCCUCUCUCAUGGCCUACGUGGGCUGCCGUAGUCUUCCCUGUUGUGGCUGCUAUGAUGCCAGAACCGGAUUGGAGACACUUGUUCCUGAGUGUGACCCAGAUGACACCGAGAUGGUUUGUACAUGGCGAGCAGGUGACGACAGGCUUUUCAACUGUCCUGCUCAGCCCACUGACCAGGACAUCAAGGAGGAAGAGGAGGGUCCCUCCAAACUGCUUCCAUAUAGCAGACUGACCUGACACACAUCCACAGAGAGACUUGUCUGACACAUUCUUAUGAGUUUUUUUCAAUUCAAUUCAGUUUAUUUUGUAAUCACAAAUUACAAACUCCCCUCAGAGGGCUUUACAAUCUGUACACAUACGACAUCCCUGACCUUUGA